GGGUGUGUGUGUGGAUGGAGGAGGCAGAGCCAAACACACACACAGACCAGGACCACACCGACCGGUCUGUCUCCUUAAGAUGCUGGAAUAACGGCGAGAAACGAACAUCUUUAGAUUGUUAACCGUGACCAGCUCACUUACUGUCACCAAAAUGUCUGGAAAAAUAGACAGUAAGCAAGAAUCCCAGCGUUCCCACUUAACAUCCUUUACAAUGAAACUAAAGGACAAAUUCCAUUCUCCCAAAAUCAAGAGAACGCCAUCAAACAAAAAGUCCAAACCACCACCAGAGCAACCCGUGAAGUCCCCAGAAAAGACUGUGACCAAGAGUCUGAGUCGAUUAGAGGAGCAUGAGAAAGAAGUGGUCAGCGCCUUGCGGUAUUUCAAGACUAUUAUCGACAAGAUGGUGGUGGACAAGAAGGUCUUGGAAAUGCUUCCUGGUUCUGCUAGCAAAGUUUUGGAGGCCAUCAUGAGCUUGGUACAACUUGAUGGCAAGACACUGAGCAGUUCAAGAGUGUCCUCCUGUCUCAAUCGACUCUAUCAAAGUCUUGCAAACCUGAUUCGCUGGUCGGACCAAGUGAUGCUGGAAGGGGUGAAUUUGGAAGAUAAAGAAAUAGUUGCAACUGUCACCACUGUGAUCAAAGCAGUGCUGGAUGGUGUGAAGGAGCUGGUUAAAGUCGCCAUUGAGAAGCAGGAGCACCCCUCCCCUACGACACCCGUCAAAACCCUGCCUCCUGUCACCAGUCCAAAGCGUGUUCCAGAGCUCCCCAUCACUGAAUCGAAGGAAACCGUCUUGAAUGAGACCCCUACCCCAGCCGAGGCCACAGAGACCCCAAAUGAUGUCCCUGAUGAGGAGAUGGCCCCUCCUAAACCCCCUCUACCUGGACUCAAAGUGCCUGAACAUUGUCCACCGGCUCUCCCCCCAAAGAAGCGUCAGUCGGCACCGUCUCCCACGAGGAUCGCUGUGGUUGCGCCAAUGAGUCGUACCACAAGUGGAUCAAGUCUUCCUAUUGGUAUCUUUCGACAGGAAUAUGAGGCAGAUGCCUUACAAAGGCGUUUUUCAGGAGGUAGUCACUCCUAUGGAGGGGAAUCGCCACGACUGUCCCCAUGUGGCAGCAUCGGCAUAUUGAGCAGGUCAGAUGAACAGCUGUCCUCUUUGGAGCAGGACAGUGGUCAGUGCUCUCGUAACACCAGCUGUGAGACUCUAGACACAGCAGAGAGCUACGACCCUGACUAUGACUUCCUGCAUCAGGACCUGUCUAGCAUUGACCAGAUCCCUCCUGCACACACAGGGGGUUGUCUGAGCCCGCUCCCCGAGUCUCACCACGAAUCAUCCUCCUCCCCUGUUCAGUUUCAGUCGAUACCACCCGCUCUCCCGAAGAAGGAACGGCGACCCCCUCUGCCUCAGGUGGAACGACUGUACUCUCAAUAUGACAAUGUUCCAGAUGAGGACAUGCAGACCCCACCCUUCCCCCUCUUCGCUUCAAUGCCACCCUCGAACCCUGGAGAAUUCAUGGGAAACUUCGGGCCCGCUGAGAACACACAGAUCCCUCAGAGCCCUCCACCCCUGCCGGAGAAGAAGAGUCGGCAUAUCCUGAAGUACAUGCAGUUUAUGGAGGACUAUUCCGAGCCGCUGCCUUCCGUUUUCUACCAGACGCCGCAGAGCGAGAGCAUUUAUGAGCAGCGCAAUAGGAAGCGCUUUCAGGAAGUGUAUGGCCUCAGCGACUCGUUCAGCAGCAGUGACGAGACCCUCCCUCCACCAGCGCUGCCACCCAAACAGAGACAACUGGCUUCCUCACACUCUGCGUCUCCUUCCUCCUCCUCUUCCUCCUCUCUGUCAUGUCAGCUGCAGCAGUGUGCGUCCGGGCCUGGCCCUGGUGAGACAGAAACCGCUCUCAGCCUUUCCGCAUCUAACUCCUCUCUGAACCGCCAGGGCUCCCUGCCUGUCACUACGAGCGAAAGUGCUAAUGAUGAAGGUGGGGAGGGUGAAUACGUCAAUCUGUAUUCAUCCAACCAAGCCAAUGGAGAUGUGACUCUCUCCAAUGGAGACUCUUCUUGUGGUGCUGAGGACUCACUCCAGGACUCAGAGUCAGAAAACAGUAAAGAUCCGACCGACAGAGAGGGCUGGAAGCAGAAGUGUGUAGACUCAGAGUUGACCUCAGAAGAGGUGGACGAGCUCUCCCUGAUUGACCAUGAUGAGAUCAUGUCUCGCUUAACACUAAAGCAAGAGAACGAUGACGGCCCUGAUGUCAGAGCUGGAUCAGGCGAUAUUUUAUUAGUUCAUGCCACCGAAACAGAUCGCAAAGAUCGAGUUUUAUACUGUGAAGCAUUCUUGACCACAUACCGAACAUUUCUAACCCCAGAGGACCUCAUUAAAAAGCUCCGCUAUAGAUUUACCAGAUUUUCUCUCAGCUCUGAUAUCAUCAAACAACGAUCUAGUAAAAACACCUUCUUCGUGCUGGUGCGCGUUGUGGACGAGCUUUGUUUGGUGGAGCUGACAGAAGACAUCUUGAAGCAGCUCAUGGAGCUUGUGUUCAGUCUGUUGUGUAAGGGAGAGCUCACCCUGGCCCGUGUUCUGCGCAAGAACAUCCUAGAUAAAGUCCAACAGAAGAAGUUGCUGCAGUACACUAAUUCCCUCAAAACACUGGCUGCGCGAGGUGUGGCUGCCAGGCCCGGCACUCUGCAUGACUUCCGUAGUCAUGAGAUCGCAGACCAGCUGACUCUCCUUGAUGCGGAGCUGUUUUAUAAGAUAGAGAUCCCAGAGGUGUUACUUUGGGCAAAGGAACAGAAUGAGGAAAAAAGCCCCAAUCUGACCCAGUUUACAGAGCACUUCAACAACAUGUCAUACUGGGUUCGGUCCUUAAUAAUACUGCAGGAGAAAGCCCAGGAUCGGGAAAAACUUCUUCUAAAAUUCAUCAAAAUUAUGAAGCACUUAAGAAAACUCAAUAACUUCAACUCCUACUUGGCAAUAUUGUCAGCGUUGGAUUCAGCGCCUAUCAGAAGACUGGAAUGGCAGAAGCAAACGUCAGAGGGUUUGGAGGAAUAUUGCACUUUAAUUGACAGUUCCUCCUCCUUCCGGGCGUACAGAGCAGCUUUGGCGGAUGUGGAGCCUCCGUGCAUACCGUAUCUAGGUCUCAUCCUCCAGGACUUAACGUUUGUGCAUCUUGGGAAUCCAGACCUCAUUAAAGGAAAGAUAAACUUUUCCAAACGCUGGCAGCAGUUCAAUAUCCUGGACACUAUGAGGCGCUUCCAGCAAGUGCAUUAUGACCUCAAACACAACGACGAUAUUGUCUCCUUCUUCAACGACUUCAGUGACCAUCUAGCUGAGGAGGCAUUGUGGGAGCUUUCUUUGAAGAUCAAGCCUCGCAACAUCACUCGCCGGAAAACAGAACGAGAGGAAAAGACAUAGCUCGCUCGGCUAGACGAACAAACUGCUUUUAAAAGCCACUCUCCGAACGAAGUUGCAAGAUACAGCAAUCAGAAGUUACUGUAAUGGCAGCUACGAGACUGAAAACGAUACUGUAUUUCUGUUACAGUUUACAUAAACUUUUUUUUUUUAAAUGAUUAGAUUUUAUUUUGUAAUUGCACUGCGUCUGAACCUGUGUGUAAAUUUGAAAUGUGGAACAGUGCCGAGCGCAAAGACGGAAAACAUGACUCUGAUACAUGAGAUUACGGGGUUUACGGUCGUAUCCUGGUGAUAUUCCGGUGCGGUCUCCCCAUCUGGAUGUUUGCGGUGCAAACUGGACAAACAACUGCGACUCCAACUGCAAACCAAUACCACGAUGCCUCGACGGGCACUUUGGAUGUUGAAGUUCCUUCAAGACUGAUAUUCUUAUUUAUUUAUUUUGUAUGUAACAAAUGCACAUAGAGACUCUUUAGAUUUAGGGGGAUUGCUGUACGUUUAGCUGCUGGAUUGAACAGCUUUAAGCAUGUAUGAUAAUAGGUCACGAUGAGGACACACAGCCAGAGUUAUUAAUAGCACUAUCAGGAUUUUGUUGCUUAUUCUGCAAGAUUAACAGUAUCUGCUUUAAAGCUUUUUUGGACUUUAGUUUCUGAAUUCACUGAACUCUCAAAAAUUCCUCAAACAGGAGCAUGCCAGUUUAACGUGCAUCGAGUUAAAAAAAAAACUACAUCGUCAUAUCCUGUUUAUAAUAAAUUCAUACUUCUCAUUACAGUAAUUUGAGGCCUAUUUCAAAUCAGUUGCUUCCAAUUACAGUUAAUUGCUAAUAAUCAGGGAAACUCAUUGUUUUGUUAAACCUCCUUGUUAUUUAUUUGUAAAUUUAUGUGCGUAGAUUAACAAUAUACUUUGUAUUACAAGAUCACUUGCCAUGGACGCCUGCUUUGCCAGUGUGGUUGUUGCAAGAAAGAUUUUAGGAGUUGUGUUACAGCUGUAUGUCUGGUACAUUUAAAUAU